AUGGGUGUCGAAGCAGCAACUGGGAUGGCCAUAGCUGAAGUUGGUUUUAGCACGGUAGAAGAAUCUGAAAAAGUAAGCAAAACUGUUUUUAUACCUGUGGAGCCAGUAAAUACAGAGGAUAUAAUAAUUGUACCAAAUGAAGUUCCUGCUACUGAUGAUGAGGACUGGAAUACUCCUGGCUGCAGCAAGGAUCCAAAGAACUACGCUGCAGUAAGUCUACCUACAAGAAUUCUUCUCAUAGCACGGCCUCUUAUUAAAUCACUUCUAAUACAUAAAGUGGGUUGA